GCGAAGCGCUGCACUGGUUGGCCUGCGCGCUGUACGUCGCCUGCCGCCGGAGCCGCGUGCCCACCGUGGGGAGCAGCCCGAUGGAGGGGAACGGCGUCUCCCUGACCCGCAUCCUGCGCUCCGCACGCCUCAGGUGAGCGCCCCGCCCGCCGGGCCGGGCCGGGCCCCGCCGGGGCGGAGCGCCCAGCGCCGGGAGUGCCCUGCCCUGCUCUGCCGGAGUCGCUAAUCCAGGUGCCGCUCCUUCGCUCCCAGCGCUGCCAGCUGCGGCGGGGUUAAAGCUGUAAAUCCGGUGUUAUUACAGAUGGAAAUUAGAUGCAAACACGUAGUUUCCAACUUCAAGCCUUUAGGAAACCACCUGUGUCCGACCAGCAGCUGUUGUACGCAGGCCACUUGUUUCUCUCCGUAGUUAAUUUUAUUACAAACAUCUCGGCGCGUGUCAUCCCGGUUCAACGUGUGUCUGACUCAGGAUUCAGGCCAAAUCCCAACGGAGUGCUGGUUUUUCUGGGAACACAACACUGGUGAUCACAGAACUCACCUUCUGCACGGCCCCAGCAGCAGCUGACUUGUCGCUGUGGUUCUGACCUGGGGACGCAGAGCCCGGAAUGGAAUGCUGCUCUUGUUCGUUCCAUUUAAAGACCCCACUCCCUGCUGAGCUGCUGGCGGGGUUGUCAGUUAUUUACAUCCCCAGCUGACAGGUUUUUGUGCAGUUUAAUUCAGUUUUUUAGCAAAAUGAAGAAGUGGAUGGACAUGUCAAACCUGCCCCAGGAAUUCCGAGAGCGAGUGGAGAGGCUGGAGAGAAAUUUUGAAGUGUCAACUGUGAUUUUCAAAAAGUUUGAACCAAUAUUUUUUGAUAUAUUUCAAAACCCUUAUGAAGAAAGUUCCAAACCGCAUCGAAGCAGGAAGCAGAGGAGGGUGCCAUGCAGCGUCAAAGAUCUUUUCAACUUCUGCUGGACUCUCUUUGUGUACACUAAGGGUAAUUUCCGUAUGAUUGGAGAUGAUUUAGUAAAUUCCUAUCAUUUACUUCUGUGCUGCUUGGACGUGAUUUUUGCCAAUGCCCUUCUGUGUCCAAACAGAAGAGAUUUGCUAAAUCCAUCAUUUAAAGGUAUGGUGGGGAUAGAUUAUUUACAAUCAACUGUGCUUUGUUCUCUUGGCUCGUUUGAAAUGAAGUUGAAGAUUGGUUGUCUUCCUCCCUCCUCCUGGUUCCCAGGCUUACCAGUGGAAUUCCACACUCUGGAGAUCAAAGCCUCCGAGGAUCCUCCCUGCAUCAUUGCCACGCUCUGUGAGCUGCACGAUGGGCUCCUUGUGGAAGCGAAAGGCAUAAAAGAGCACUACUUCAAACCAUACAUUGCAAAGCUGUUUGAUAGGAAGGUACAUCUUAUCUUAAAAGGAGAUUGUUUGUUGGAUCUUUGCAACUUUACAGAAAAUAGCAAAGCACUGAAUAAAGAGUAUGAAGAGUAUGUUCUGACCGUGGGUGACUUUGAUGAGAGAGUUUUCCUGGGAGCUGAUGCUGAAGAAGAAAUUGGCACUCGAAAAUUCCCUGCAGAUGUCCCAGGAGACAAAACGGUAGCAAGAGCUCACAUGGAGUGUCAUCUGCAGCAGCAUUUUGAAAAGAAAAGGUCAUUUGCACCUUCAACCCCACUGACCGGCAGAAGAUACCUGCGAGAAAAGGAAACUGCCAUCACUCCUGUGGCCUCAGCCACGCAGAGCGUGAGCCGUUUGCAGAGCAUGGUGGCUGGCUUGAAAAAUGCACCGAGUGAACAGCUUACAGCUAUUUUUGAGUCUUGUGCCCGCAGCCCCUUGGAAAGCAUCAUGAGCAGAGUGAAGGAAAUUGGUGAGACCUUCUGUUGCUGCUACAUUCAGUCAACAGAUGAGCAGCCAGGAUCUCACAUAGAUUUUGCUAUGAACAGAUUAAAACUGGCAGAGAUCUUGUACUAUAAAAUCUUGGAGACUAUAAUGGUGCAAGAAACACGGAGACUGCAUGGGAAGGAUCUGACUGCUCUCCUGGAACAGGAUCUCUUUCACCGCUCCCUCCUGGCAUGCUGCUUGGAGAUUGUGCUCUUUGCUUACAGCUCCCCUCGCACCUUCCCCUGGAUCAUUGAAGUUCUUGACCUCAGGCCAUUUUAUUUCUAUAAGGUUAUUGAAGUGCUGAUUCGGUCUGAGGAAGGACUUUCCAGAGACAUGGUGAAGCACCUCAAUAGCAUUGAGGAACAGAUUCUGGAGAGUCUGGCCUGGACUCGGAACUCAGCACUCUGGAAUGCACUCGAGGCCUCAGAAAACAAAGUCCCCACCUGUGAAGAAGUAAUAUUUCCCAGUAAUUUUGAGGCCAGCAAUGGAGGAAGUGGGUUUGGGCACUUGCCCAUGAUGCCAUUAUCUCCCAUAAUUCAUCCUCGAGUGAAAGAGGUUCGGACAGAUCUUGGUGGGAGUUUAAGACGAGACAUGCAGCCAUUGUCUCCAAUCUCUGUUCACGAGCGCUACAGUUCUCCUACAGCUGGAAGCGCUAAGAGAAGGCUCUUUGGAGAUGACAGCCCCAAAGAAAUGCGGAUGGAAAAAAUCUUAACGAAAGGAACGAAGCUGACAAUUGCUCCAGCAUCAAGCAUUGGUGCUGAAAACAUGCCAGCAUCUCCUGCCCAGACAGUACUGACCAUGACAACCACUACAGGACCAGGAAAAGCAGGGCAGAAGGUCACUAUCCCACUGCAUGGUAUUGCAAAUGACACGGGCGGAAUCACUUUGAUCCCCAUUUCGAUUAAUUUAGGCCAGCCAUGUCAAGUGGAUGCUCAGGCUCCCUGCCACCCUCCUGGGAACCAAGCGCCCGAAGUGCAGCUGCCAGCGGCCAGCAAACCGAAGAGAACAGGCUCCUUGGCACUGUUCUACAGGAAGGUGUAUCAUCUGGCAAGUGUGCGCUUGCGUGAUCUGUGCUUAAAACUGGAUGUUUCCAAUGACUUGCGCAGGAAGAUAUGGACAUGUUUUGAAUUCACAUUGGUUCAUUGUGCUGAUCUUAUGAAAGACAGGCAUUUGGACCAGCUCCUCCUCUGUGCUUUUUAUAUCAUGGCAAAGGUAACCAAAGAGGAAAGAACUUUUCAGGACAUAAUGAAAAGUUACAGAAAUCAGCCACAGGCAAACAGCCAUGUUUAUAGGAGUGUCUUGUUGAGAAAUACUUAUGAUGUUCCAUUGGACAAAAAUGCAAACCCAGAAAUGGAGAUGGCAGAAGACUCAUCUGUGAAAACUGGCAGCUCCUUGGGACGAUCUGCAGAGAACACGAGUGAGUCAGAAACAGAGGAGAGAGGAGAUCUUAUUAAAUUUUACAACGCAGUCUACGUAGGAAGAGUAAAGUCAUUUGCACUGAAGUACGAUAUCACAAACCAGGAUCAUGUAAUGGAGGCGCCUCCGCUGUCGCCGUUCCCCAGCAUCCGGCAGCAGCCGGUGUCCCCGCGGCGCAUCUCCCAGCAGCACUCUGUGUACGUGUCACCUCACAAGAACGGCGCCUGCCUCACACCUCGAACUGCUUUGCUCUACAAGUUCAAUGGCAGCCCUUCCAAGAGUUUGAAGGACAUCAACAAUAUGAUAAAACAAGGUGAACAUAGGAGUAAGAAGCGAGCAAUAACAAUUGACAGUGACACUGAAUCCCCCUCAAAGCGACUCUGCCAGGAAAAUGAUGAUGUUCUACUAAAACGUCUGCAGGAUGUUGUCAGUGAAAGAGCAAAUCACUAAAAAGCUUCUACUUUUUGUGGGAUCUCUAAGUUAUGGAGCUGGAUACAGCUGUUGUGGUAUUUAUUUCUUGGUUUUGUAUAUAGACAACUGUCAAGUUCCUUCAACACUGAACUUUCACCUGACUUUCACAGGACACAAAAAGUAAGAGUUAUGUAGGAAAUGCCAGUGAUCUUCAUGCCCAAAGACCACCCUGUGCUAUAACUUACUCUGAGCUGUUUUAGCAAAAGAGUGUUCUGUGAAAGCCAUAUUGGAUGUUCUCAAGCCUCAUUUGGAGCAUCAUGAAUUCUGAGUAUAACUCAGCUUGUAAUACCAGUUUUAUUAUUAGAAUAAGAGUGAUAAAGAAAUUAGUGAAAUCAGUGAUGUUUCCUCAAGCUUUUGGCCUUUAGAGAAGAAGCUUGAAAUGUGCCUUAUGUGAAAAGAAUAUGGAAUUUUAUGCAUUAUUUUACUGUGGAGUAACUGGAGGGAAAAUAAAUUAAAUAUUUAGCCUCAGGAAGAGCUGAGUAGUUUUGAACUGUCAGAACUUCUGUUAAAGUGUAGGUUGUGACAUGUAUCUGACAGCUUUUGCAGUAACAAAGGCAAUAAUCUAAAAAUACAAAUAGCGGUGACUUACGUUGGACUCUGGUAAAGCACUGAGAUACAGUUCUGUGAGCCUGAAUUCUCUUUCUCUUGAGCCAGUGGUGCUCCACAUUGGAAGCCACAGAGCAGCCUGCCCUGGAUGCCGUUCAUACAGAUGGCAGCUUAUCCAUGAGAAAAUAUGGUUACUGCUGAAAUCAGCAGCUGGGGUUUGGCCGUAUCAAAGCUGCUCAAAUGCACAAAUUCAUUUAACAAAUUGAAUGUCUUGUUUUUUCCUGAAGACCUUGAGCCUCUUGUGUAGUAUCUACACUGAAUGUAAGCCUAUCACAUAAGGAGGUGUGUAUGUGUGAGGUUUUAUAGCUGUUGAAGGCUUGGGUUCACUGGAAAAGUAGAAAUUCCAGCAUCAAAUUCUUGUGACUGAGUUUUUAAUGCUAAGGAUUUGGUAGGGUCUAUUUUACCAAAAUGGAGAAAAGUCAGGGUUUACUCAUUACUGUAAAUCAGUAGUUUGAUCUUAUUUUAUAAUUGUAUUUAAGGUUAGAGCCAUAGAGAAGCUUCUCAAUACUGUAAUUUUCAGUUUCUGUGUAACUGAACUGAAAAAAGAAAGAACAACUACAUAGGACUUAUUUGAGGGGCUCUGUUUCCUUCACUGGCUGGGUGGGUUAGUAUGUGCUGUGAGAUCCACAGGUCUAGGGGAGAACACUGCCAUGGUUGUGAGCAGCCUCAGCUAGUGAAUCUAGCCAGCAGUGAUGAAGGAGAAAGUCAUUACUAACUGAAGGUGUGCAGGGAACACUACUCAGCAAGGAGUAGAAAGUUUACAAACUUGGUUUUGAGUCAUUAACUACUUGAAUAUUUGAUAUUUUUUAAAACUUUUUUACUUUCAAAAAAAAGUGCUUGCCCAUGGGGAGCUGCAGUAUGAGGAAAUGGCCAUGCAGUGAAAUAGGUUUCGUGUAGAUAUUUAAUUUUAUUCAAGUUUUAAUGUUUGUCUUCAGAUUUUGAGAUAAAAAGUGGAGGAUUGCAGCCUUUCUGCAAUAGGAUAGGAAAUUUAUGGUUAGGCAUGACAGCAUCAGUCUUUACAAGGUAUUGUAUGAUGAGAGUUUAGUUGACAUGGUUUUAAUUCAAUAUCAUGUGCAAAUCUCCUGGUGUCUCUGCUCCCCACACUGUCACUGCCUUCUCUGACAGUAGACAACUGAUGGAGCCAAAAUCUUUAUUAACUGUUAUGUAUAGUGUUUCUUCAUUAGGAAAAUGAGCUGCAUCCAGUACUACAACUGGAUGCAGCUCAGAAUUCUUCACUUUUUUAGGUGAUCUAAAAACUAUUUUGGGCUUCUUGAACAGCUAAAACAAUAGGUUACAUGGAAUUUUUGUAACGGUUUCAAAGUGCCUUCACAAUGUAAAUCUGUAUUUUAUAAUAAACAACUAAAAAGCAUUUUAAUCUGUGUUGCUGUAUUUCCUGUUGUUUUGCUGUGCCAAUUCUUUAAACAAUGCCUUCUGUCUGCAUUUUGUGUAAUAUCAAAGACCUUCAUCAUUUUUAUGCUCCCUCAGAUUUCUUUGGGAUUUUUUUCUCUUUGAAUUCAUGACAUUUCAUGUGUUUUGUCUGAAGUUUCCUCCAGGCAUUUCUUCACUGUUUCUGUUUCAGUCAGGUGUGGAUUUUGGGAGAAGGUGAGUAAUAUAUUGCAUGAAGUCACCAAAAAGCGCCAGAAGGGAGAGAACCCUGCAGUGACAGAUGAUGUGUCCACAGAGGCAGGUGUGACUCCAGCAGAGCUGAGCUGUGGGCUCCUAGUUAAUCUCUGAGCACUGCAGGCAUGAGCUCCAGGUGCUGGUCCUGGCGGCCUUCCUCCCAGAUGUGUUUAAGAACCAGCCUUGGACAGGUUCAGAUCUGUACCCGCUGGUGUCAUG